AUGGCGGCAGGCGAUCCUGGCCCUACUCCCAGCCGCCUCUUCACUAUACGCGACCGCAUCGCGGGCUAUCGUCUUCUGGUCGACACUGGCGCUGAGUUCAGCGUAAUUCCAGCGUCUGCGGCUGAUCGUCGCCGUUCCCACUCCGGCUCAAACCUUCAAGCCGCAAACGGCACAGCGAUCAAGACGUAUGGGCUACGCUCUUUAACGCUCGACCUUGGACUGAGGCGAACUUUCCGCUGGGUGUUCGUUAUUGCCGACGUCACGCAACCCAUACUAGGCGCCGACUUCUUGGCAUUCUUCAACCUUGCCGUUAAUGUCCGCCAUCGCCGCUUAUGUGACAGCACCACUAGGCUUCAGGUGACAGGUGCCUCGUCUCCGCAAGCUCCGACCGGUAUCCGCGCGCUUCGUCCUCCUUCGCCAUACGCCGCGCUCCUGGACGAGUUCCCGGACAUUACGAAGCCCUGUAACCUGAAGGCCCAAGUCAAACACAACGUGACACACCACAUCGCUACCACCGGCCCUCCCGUCUCUUUUCGCUACCGCCGGCUCUACGGUACUCGUCUUGCCAUAGCCAAACGAGAGUUUGAGCAUAUGUUGGAUCUGGGCAUCAUCCGCCCGCCCUCCAGUAGUUGGGCAUCACCAUUACACAUGGUACCGAAGAAAGACCCAGGUGACUGGAGGCCGUGCGGGGAUUAUAGAGCCCUCGACACCAAGACAAUACCGGACAGGUAG